AUGAAGGAAAUAAGAAGAGAAGAAAAAGGAGGUGGGUAUUUUGGAUUAUGCACAGUUGGUGGAAUUCUCAGUGCUGGAACUACCCAUGUUGUUGUCACCCCUCUUGAUGUUCUCAAAGUCAAUAUGCAGGUAAAUCCUGUCAAGUAUUAUAGCAUUGCAUCAUGCCUAUCAACUUUACUUAGAGAACAAGGGCCUUCUGUGCUUUGGAGAGGGUGGGCUACCAAAUUCUUUGGUUAUGGUAUGCAAGGUGGUUGUAGGUUCGGUCUAUACGAGUACUUCAAGAAUCUCUAUUCAAAUAUGCUGGCAGACAGCAACAGAAAUGUUGUUUUCUUUGCUAGUAGUGCUUCUGCAGAGGUGGUUGCUAACGUCGUUUUGUGUCCCUUCGAAGCCAUCAAAGUUCGGGUGCAAGCACAACCUGUUUUUGGUAAAGGGUUGCUAGAUGGAUUCCCAAAACUAUAUGCUGCCGAAGGACUCCAUGGUUUUUACCGAGGGCUUAUUCCACUUUGGGGUCGAAACCUUCCAUUCUCGAUGGUGAUGUUCUCGACAUUUGAGCAUACUGUGGAUUUCUUAUAUUCUAAUAUUCUCAAGUCAAAAAAAGAAGAUUGCUCCAUAGCAAGGCAGCUUAGUGUAACAUGUUUAGCAGGAUAUACAGCUGGAGCAGUGGGUAGUAUUGUUUCAAAUCCAGCUGAUAACAUUGUAACUUCUUUGUACAACAAAAAGGCAGACACCAUCAAAUUGGCUGUGAAGAAGAUCGGAAUUGUAAAUUUAUUCACCAGAAGCCUUUCGAUAAGGAUAAUACUAGUUGGGCCGGUAGUGACCUUGCAAUGGUUCUUUUAUGAUUGCAUAAAAGUCUUAAGUGGACUGGCAACAAGACAUCUUGAUGAUAUAGAGGAGGUUGAUGUUGAAGUGGUUCCACGAGAACUCUUUGUCGCGGCUAAAGAGAAAACCAGACAAAAGUCAACUUAG